AUGCCUGUCAUCAGGAGCAUCGCCGGACAGAGUCAUGGCCACGAAGAAGCCACAUCAGCCUCCUGUCCUGAAUACGGGCAGGAAGCCCAUGAAUCAUCGACGUCAGAUGCUGAUGAUGAGUCUAAAACUGCAUCUGAAGCAGAGCCGGGCCAAACACCGGAACUGUCCUGGUCAUCGCCCUCGCUAAAGCGGAAAAGAUCAAACGCCAACCAUGCCUCCUGGCGCCAUGCAGCGCCAUUUCCUGCUCCUUCAUCACCGGACCGUCUGUCCGAAGUCGAAUCCGAACCUAUGCUGCCAUCAUUGGAUAGGCUCACAUAUUCAGAGCCAACGUUACGAGACUUCAGACGUAAUCACCGGCGCAAAGCCUGCGAGGCGAAAAAACCGCCAUCUCCAUCUUCAUCAUACUUGGCUUUAGAGAUAGGAUCCCCGACUCCAUCGAUAUCUGUACCCGAAUCAGAAUUCCAACCACCGGAAUCUGAACCUGAAUCUCGAUAUCUGUCUCCAAGUCCAACAUCAAUGAUCCCAGCGUCGUCCCCACCGGUACCCCAAAUUGUCUCACAAGUUCGGUCUGGAGUUCUUUCUGCGCUUCCCUUGCCUCGGCGCUGGUUAUCGAGGUUUGAACGGCCAGACCAGAAGUCGUCAUUAAGCGAAACCGCCUGGACCUCGCGUCUCCGGCGUAAAUGGAACAUCAAGCCCGUCAAAGUCCCGCUCAUGCUAGACGGCAAGAAAUAUCCAUGCCUUUUCGACGAAUUCCCGCCCGCUGCUCACGAGAAUCCCGACUUCAUGUUCCCGGAUAACUCCGAUGAUGAUCCCGAUUUUGAGUUUCCAAAAGCUAAACGGCGUAGAUUAGGGUUGUCUGGAGACGCGCCAGAGAUAGAGGAAUCGGCAGAGCGAGAGGAGUCAUCAGAACCCGAGCAAUCGUCAGAUCCCGAGCCAUACUGGAUCUUGAGCGACUGCUCAACCUUGCGACAUCGUUAG